CGCUCAGCUGCUGCUGCUGCUGCUUUCACGGUCUCGCUAAUUACAUUAUUAUGGCUGCCACUAAUGGAAUCAUCUUGUCGCUUCGAAAUAUCCUUCUGUCAAGAAAAGAAAACAUUUUCUUAUCCUCUUUCAAGUGCCAUUUUCAUUCAUCGAAAAUCAUAUCUCACGCUCCUGCAACACAGAGUGAUACCGCUUUACAACAAGAAAAUGAAGAAUUUAGGGUGCUUGAGAUUCCAGGUGUUAACAUAAAAAAAAAGAAAGGAAUGCAGAAAAAAAGAAGAAAAGAGUCUCUUCCUCCUCGUUAUCACAAAAUGAAAAUCACAGAUGACUGGACAAACGUUUGGCCGACAGCAUCAACAUUCAAACACUCUGCCAUUCCAUUUCCUGUUAGACAGGGUUUCAUUGCGAGACCAAGUGAAAAUCAAAACCUUGGAGUUCCUCCAGAUCGUUAUGCUAAUACGGAGUUGAUGAAAAUACCAAAUUUCCUUCAUCUAACACCUGUCCAUGUUGCCAAGCAUUGUAAGGCCUUGAAAAAAUUUUGUACUCCUUGGCCUGAAGCUUUAAGUACUGACAGCCUAUGUGAGCAGCAUUUUCCAGUAGAAGUAAUCUCAUCUGAUUAUUGCUUUUCGGGUCCUACUGUUAGAGAUGCUAGGGCCCGAGUAGUGACCUUUAAGUUGAAUAUAUCAAGCCUUAAUCUUGACCAUCAUGCUAAAGAUAAAAUGGUGCGACUUUUAAAAGAUCGGUACAAUGAAACUACUGGUGAAAUCACUCUCAAAACAGAUCGAUGUCCUUUGAAGAAACAGAAUUAUGACUAUCUGGUUUAUGUAUUGACUGCAUUAUAUCAUGAAUCAUGUCGAGUGGAGCCUUGGGAAUCUGAGAAAACUGAAGCCGACUGGGAAUGUUUUUUCUGGGAUAAGAAUGUUUCAAGAAAGAAUAUAGUCCAACUGCUUCAAAGAAUUAAAGAUACUGAUAGCAGUAAUGGGUCUGAGGCCUCUGAUGACAAACAACUACCUAAUCUACCAUCAGAUGCCUCAGAAGAAACUGUUGUUGCUCUUCCUCAAGUUCAGGCUUACAAAAAAGCUCUAACAUCAAUGAUUGAUGAGGGUGAAAAUACAGAAAACUUGAAAGCAUAUAAAGAAAGUGUAAAAAACUUGUUAAAUAUAAAAACAACAUUUUAAACUGUUAUACUGAGACAUCUUUAGACUAUUUGUGAAAUAGGAGUUAAAAAAUGCCCUUUAUUACCUCAUCCAUCACAGAUUUCUAGCCAUUGAAAGUCUAUCUUCCUGAAAUUCUUCUGCAUAGUUUUUCUCAGAUUUAACAUGUUGCUUGAUAUGGGGUGAUUAAAGUAUUAGGGGUGUUUUUUGCCUUUUUUAUAAAUAAAUUAUUUUAAAAAUUGUUUA